CUUUGCCCGUCCCACUUACCGCGUGAUUUCACAAGGUCCAUUUUCACGGAGAUCACUGAUGCAGACAACGGCCACCAUCUGACAUCCAACGGACACUACUCAAUUUCUAAAAGAUUCUCACCUUUCGAAAUGUCUUGGGAUUCUUACAUCGACAACCUGCUUGCCCAGAGCAAGGAUAGCAGCGGAGCAGCACACGCAGACAAUGCAUGUAUUAUCGGAUUGGAUGGAGGAAGUCCAUGGACCACAUCGGGACAUGCAGCAGCAUUUAAACUCGAUCCUGAAGAAGGUGUUAAAAUUGCUAAGUGUUUUAAGUCCAAAGAUUUCUCUGGCUUUAUGAGCAGUGGUAUUCAUUGUGGUAAAGAAAAAUAUCAGUUUCUCAGAGUGGAAGAUGAAAAGCUUGUUCUUGGUAAGAAAAAGGAUAAAGGUGCAAUAACCAUGCAAGCAUCUAAGACGGCGAUAGUGAUUGCACAUUGUCCGGAAGGGGGUCAACAGGGCGUGACUAAUAAAGCAGUAGCGGUAAUAGCAGAAUACCUUGAGAGCCUGGGCAUGUGAUGACAUCUGAGUAAUUCCUGACAUCUGUGUAUGUUCAUAGGCUAUAAUCAUGUGGUGAUGCUGAGCUCGUCGGAGAAAGUAGUAACCAUUUGCACACAGUUAACUUUUUAUCUGCAUAAACUUGUUAACUCAUUUCUUUACCCGAGGUUCACCAACGUAAAGUCAAACUGAUUGGAUUCUAAAACAUUGGAACAAUUUCCUGAGGAAUGGAUGAAACCGUGUAAUGGCUUCCAGUACUUUUGCCAGCGCGAUAUGGCAUUUGACAAGUGCAAGGCUUGAUCGCAACUGCUUCGGUGAUUGGAAAUAAUACGUGAACUGCAAAUCUCCCAUUCAUUUGUCAAGACUUUCUGAUGAUAACUUCAGCUGCUUCAAUAAAUUCCUUGCACUGCAAACUUGUUUUUGCCAUAAGACAAACCACAAAAAGAAUAAAUACAAAUUCAAGAAAGCGUAGUAUCCAAUAUUAAUAGGACUUUCGACACCAUCAGCAGUUUCUAGCCCAACCUGCUAUAAACAAACUUAAGUGAUAUGUAAAAGAAUCCCCUGCAGAAUUUGAUGUUGAGCAUAGAAUAAACCAUGAUGGAUUAAUUUAAUGUAGACAUGCAGGUACUGGAUUUUACAUGUAGUACUUGUAACUGUAUAAAAAAUCGAAUAGAAACUACAUUCAUUGCAGAGCAGUUAUUGUUAAACUGAAACCGGAAAUUGGUGCACUCGUGUUUAAAAUUGUUGCAUUAAGCUGCCUCUUAGAAAGACGAUAAGAAAAUUAAACUGCUGUUUAUAACAAGCCAUGAUUGUCCAUAUUAUUCUGUCACAGUAGAAGUAUAGAAGAUAUUUUCCAUUCAGUUUACGUAUUGGUAAAAUUUUGAGAAUUAUAAAAAGAAACUGUGAAAUUCUCAAUUUUGACUACUUUCCGCAUUCAAUGAUAAUAGAAUUUAUCUUGCUGACGGUGUGCUGUGCACUGAUACUUUCUUUAGAUGAACUCGUAUAUACUCCGAAUUUUUUUUUAUACUAACUAUAGCUAUUCUUAGAUAUCUGUAAUAAAAAAAAAUAAUAUUGGGAUGAACAUUUUGAUGUGAAUAGGCUUAUAUUGUAUGUGAAGGACCAACUUGCAAUUAAUUAUUUCAUUGUAUUGUUCAUUAUUUUCAGUGCUAUAGCAUGUAUGUCUUGCCAUACAUUAGUAAUUGAUUGAAAAAAAACCAAUGUGAUAUUUUGUUUAUGAACAAAGGUUUACCACUGCUGGAUACGUCAAGGCUGUUGCGCCAAGUGCUUUUUUUGAGUCGAAUGUAAUGUGGUAUAUAUAUAUACCAAUACACUCUACGAGUUUGGAUUCCCUUUUAUAGGAUUUACAGAUCAUCAUCUUUCAGCAUAAAUACUAUGUUACCAAUUAAA